UCAGUUUCCGUUUCGGAGGGAGAACAACGAGAUAGACAGAGAGAUAGUUGAAUAGAACAAACUGUGGUUUAUCUGUUUACACCUGAACAUUUGUAUGCAACGAGAGUUGAAUUUCUCCGUUUUAUUUUGUUUUAGAAGAAAAAUAAAGAAAUAAACGCGUUUACAGAAUUGCAGUGUUCCAUUCUUGUUUUGUUUGGUGAAUCUUGUUUCGACAACUCCCUGGUUUGGAAAUAGGAUUUGCUGGAUAUUUUUUAUAAAGAAAGGAUAGUUUCGUGUCAGAGGUAAAGAUGGGGGACCUUUAUGACCCCGAGCAUCCAACAGAAUCCAAAAUGGAUAAUGGCAGUGAACCCCCACAGUUACAUUUUUGUGAAACUUGCAAGGUGACAUGUACAAGCAGUGCUGAUUUAAAGCAUCAUAAGGCAGGACGGAAACACAAAUUGUUGCUGUCAAGACAUCUUAAGAAAAUGAAACCCCUGAAGGCAGGCUUCCUGAGGCGGAAGACUGGUGAAUUUCCCCACCACACCCCCAACUCCCCUUUGCAAAAUUUAAAUACCCUGGAGAAGUUUCUUCAAAUUAGGCAUCCGCAAGAGCCUGUUAUUGGUCUGCAGCAUGUGCUUGAGUUCCGUAACCCCAAUAAUGCGUUCCCCCCACAUUACUUCUGCAGGCUGUGUAAAGUCAAGGGAAGCAUGAACGUCCUUGUUGAUCACAUCAUUAGUAUGAACCAUCGCAGCAAAUAUCUGAAAAGUAAACCUGAUGGUAUAAUCCCUAAGGAUGAUUUGGGAGAUGUAAAACUGAACAAGAAACUACAAGUGAAGGCAAAGCUUCUUGAGCAGUUGGAAGGAAGGGGAGUAAUUAAGGUGGUAAUGUCAAAUCGAGGUCCACCUUUUAACAAUUCAAACACUGAAUCAGGUGAGAGAUUUCCUCAUGGUGGCCCAGGUAGAUUGCACCCCAGUGAUUUUCCCCCUGGAAUGCACCCCAGUGAUUUUCCUCCUGGAAUGCCCCAUGGAGAUUUUUCUGCUGGUAUGCCCCGAGAUGAUAUUCCUGGAAUGCACCCUGAUGCUUUUCCAAGGAGAAGGGUCCCGGAUUGCCCUGGAAGAUAUCCUGAUGAAUUUCCUAGUGGAAGUUUCCGUGAAGGCAGCCCUCUUAGAGAGGAGAGGAAGAGACUGGAAAUGAGCGACUUUGAAGUGGGAGUAAGAAGUGAAUUUGAAACAGUCAUCAGAAGACAAGAAAUUGAUCAAAUGGUUCCAAUGGUUGGUAACCAAAUCUACAAGAGAACUCCUGAAGGGAGCUCCAUAAGUUCUCCAGUCUUUGAAAUUCUGGAAAACUUCCGUAUAGAAACUGAGGGCGAUGCACAGAUGAUUCUGAAGAUCACACAGAAGCUGACUGACAUACUGAUGGAGUAUCGGCUGAGAAGUUUUGCAUCACCUAAAAGCAAUGAACAGCCCUCUGGUCCUCAGGAGUAUCCUCCGAUGAGACUGUCUGGGAGAGAGGGCUACCAGGGUCCAUCCAGAUAUCCUGAUGAAUUCUCACCUGCUUCCAGGAACAUGUUAGGGAGGAGAUGAAAAUGAGUCCUUGUUCUGAACGGAGAGAAUCAGCAAUGCCCUGUUCUACUGCAGUGAAGCUCUUUUCCCAAGAAUUCACUUGGAUUUGAGUUAUUCCAAGUAAAGGCAACGAAGAAGUGAAUACCAGGGAAUGAAGUCUGACACUUUGUUUUUUUUUUAAACAACGUUUAUUGUAUUUUGUUUAAAAUAGCACCCGGGUACUUAUUUUCUCAAUGUUCCCGUGACCUGGGUAGUUAUUGGGAUAAGGGUACCUAUUAGAGAGGAUGCAGCACCACUUGGGUUAUUUAUCUGUAUAUCUCUCUGAACUGGAGAGGAGGCGUAUAGUGGGACACUGUGGCCCCUGAGGAAAGAAUUAUAGUUACCGACGGGGCUAUAAUGCCUGAAGCCACAGGCUGAGGGCAUUGUCCCCUGGAGGUAACUAUAGUUCUUCCCUAGGGGCCUUUAGUUUCCCACUAUGAGCCGAGGUCUGCGGUCUAUAUUUGUUUUAUGUAUCAGUCAACAAAGCAUUGUUUUUCAAGUCCAUAGCUCAUUAUUAAAGUUUUUUUGUCAUA